AUGUCCCAAUCUCCAGCCACACCACCAACAACACCAACACGAUGCUGGCACAUCCAACCCGUGACGCACGCAACCACACCGCAAGUCGUGCGCUUCAUCAAGGAAGCGCGGCGCGAAAUGUUCCCGCAGCUCUGCGCCCAGCGCGACGAUGAAGUCGCCCGCUGGAUCCAAUCCGGCUGUUUUCUCUUGGCAACCGAGCCGUCCGAACCAAAAGACGAUGAUGGAGAAGGAGAAAAAGAAGUCAUAGCUACAAUCGGCUUCGUCUCGUAUCACCACCGCUUCACGCACUUCCCACCUUACGCCGACGCGCGCCGCACCGUAGAGGUAGUGCGGCUCUUUGUGCUGCCGCCGUUCCGGCGCUGCGGUCUCGCGUCGGCGCUAGUGGGUGCGCUGAAGCGGCGCGCGGUGCAAGAUGGGGUAGCGAGGUUGUAUUUGCAUACGCAUCCUUUUUUGCCGGGUGCCAUUGCUUUUUGGGAGAAGCAUGGGUUUGGCAUUACGUGUGUUGAGGAGGAGGAUGGGGUGUGGCGGACUACGCAUAUGGACAUGUUGGUUGGGGAGGAUGGAUGUGCAUAG